CGCCGCCGUUCAUUGGCUGCGAGGUUUCAAUUUAAAUGGUUGAAAAGACGCAGAGACGCGACUUCAGAUACACGCGAGACGCACAAACAAACAAACCUACAGUAGUGUGUACAGGAGGCAUGCACAUGGGCACCCGAACACCGAUUUUACCAAGGGGUCAAAUGGUUCAGAGACAUCUAAUAUGUUUGGAACUGUGGGUGCUCAUAGUGUGUGUGUUGGCUCUUUGUGGUGAAGUUGAUGCUUUCUUUGAAUGGGUGAAGAAAGCAGCACCGGUCCCAGACUCUGUGCCUCCAGCUAUACCCACUCGUCAACCUGCUGUCCCGAGUGAUUCGCUGCCAUUUGAGAUGAGUGUUGCUGAUGAGAAGCUUUUGGCUGAAGCAAAACUGAUUGAGAUGAGUCCUCUUGACAGCUGCCAUUUUAGGAUUGUCUCUCAGCUCAAGGCUACCUGCAGUGGUCUUUCUGAAGAACAGCUGGCCAAACUGGGAGUGGCUUUGUUUAAUUGCCAGUCAGAAGUAGAAGGACGCAGGACUUUCCAGUGCACCGAGGAGAUGUCCAUUAAAGAGUGUACAGCUGACAUGGAUUCGGAUACCUGGAACGCGUACCACAUCGUCAGCAACCGUGCACGCUCUGUGUGUUAUGCCACACGUCAGCAGCAGUUUCGGAGGCAGACUGAGCUUACUGUGAACGCCCUAAUCUCAACUGCAACCAACCAGCUGGAUGCUAUGAAAGACCUGAAGGAGGGUCAGCGUGAACUACGAGACAUGACUGCAGCAUCACUAGACAGGCUGUUGGAAGGUCACAGUGCUCUACAGCUCCAGCAAGGGGCACUAAAAGAAGGUCAGGAGCAGUUGGAUGCUUCAAUUUCAAACAAUUUGCAGAGGCUGGCACAGGAGAAAGCUUUGAUCAGUACAGGGCAGCAACUGGUGGCACAGCUUAUCCAGGGAAUUACUCAGAGAAUAGAGAAUGUUAGUGAGCAGCUGAAAGGCCAAGGUACAGAUGUGCAGGAAGGUCAUCAGGCUAUUCUGGAUGAUCUGGCUGAAGUCCGGGGCCGUGCACUAGAGAUCUACAGUAAAAUGGAGCUCAAUUUGAAUGGGGUCCUGCAGCAGCAGAACACAACAGUUCAGUUCUACUCGGAGCUCAUGAGAAAGCUGGAACGCAUGAACGGCACUCUGGGAUACAUGCUGACGUACCUGGACAGCAUGCAGAGCAGACUAGAGGAUAGACUACAAAUGAUCCAAGGCUACCUGGGAUGGGCUGGUCUGAGUCUACGUGCCGUGUGGAUAUGUAUAAUGCAUAUUGGAUAUUUCCUGUUCUCUGCAAUCCUGCUGUCCUUCUUGCAGUGUUCAACAUUUACCCGUGUCUCUCUGCUCAUCACUGUGCCCAUCAAUGCCGUUGCUGAGGUCAAUCAGCAAUCAGCUCUGGACCUGGUCACACUCUCUUUUCUCCUCUUUGCGCUCUCAAUGGCACGUUGGUUUGUGCUGCAGUUGUUAUGGGCACUGUCUAACCUGAAGGGUCAGAAGUGCAGUGAUGGUGUUAAAGCAGCUCUUCUGGCUUCUCCUAUCGAAAGGACUCCUGAAAAACCUUCAAACCCUGCCUACACUCCAGCCACCUCUUCAACACCUCUAGAUGAGGACCUGGACUGUGAUUUGGAGUCAGAAGUGCCAUGUCUAGGUCAAGACAGUUUAAUGACUGGUGACCUAUGUAUGGUGGCUUCAUCUCCAUCCCACACUUAUGGGCUACCCAGACAUGGGCGACUAUCUGUAGGCACCCCCAGCCAUUCUACACCCCGAUUGAAGAUCCGACAUGGCUUUGGAGGAGCCGUCCUAGAGAGUGUUACCCAGAGGAACCUGGGAGGUGUUUUGGAUAUAGUCAGUCAGUCUCGGAGCUCCAGUCCCAAUCAGUCAGUCACCAGCAACAGCUCUUUCUCAGGGCGUCCUCUGUGUAGUGGAACUACCAGGCUGGGACAGCCAUGCAAGAAAAGGGCACUGGCAGGUCAGGACUUUUGUAGGGUCCAUGAAGGUGGACACAACUCCUACAGCCACCUGUGAUGGCGUUUCACUUCCACUCCCACUCUCACCUGUAGCACCAGCGAGUGUAUUGUGCUCUUUUUCACUACCGGUACUAUCAGUACUCGUUUUAACGUUAUCCCCUUUUUUUUUUUUUUAUUUAUUUUUUUUUUUUAUUCAUUCAUUCACUUUAUGUAUAUGAAAGUGUAAAUGUAUUUUAUAAUAAAUUAUUAUACAGGAUAAUUUGUGUUGGUCUAUUUUAAAGCCAGUUUUUAAAUGUUGCAUUUAAGAAAGCUGGAGCUUCCAAAUAAGUUUGUCUUGUAAUUGUGAGCCUAGUGCUUCUACAAGGUUCAACAGAAAUCUAUAUUAAACCUGCUUAAUUAAAAGAAAAUAAGUUCUGUCUUUUGUAAUGAGACAAAAAACAACAAAAUGUUUCCUGUUACUGAGAAUGUCCUGACCAUUACCAAGCUCUUACAUCAAUACAAUUAUUAUUACA